AUGGACCAACUAACCUUCUUUAGGCAGCCAACGCGGACACCUUCGUCGUUGGACAAAUAUCUUUUAAGUCAUAAAAGUACAGACAUAGAUGUGUUAACAACCACUUUAUUACAGUACUUGGAAAGCCCUCAACAGGACUUCAUUAAACAAAACAAAACAACUUUAUUCCCAAUAGUAGCCAACUCAAUUUUUAACUACUUUUAUCACAUCAAAACAAUCAAAAUUGGUUCACUUCAUGUCGCAGACUUUUCAGAAGUCAACAUUGAAAAACUUGUGUUCCUCGUACAAAGUCUCACAAAGGCACUCUUCACACAAAAGAAUUACUUCCGUUACUUAGAAUUUGAGAAUGUAUUACUUUUCAAAUUUUUCGAAAGGUAUUUGUACUGCGAAAGUCUUGUAAUUACUUCACACUUUUUAAUCUACUGCAAAUUGUUUAACACCAGCGUCAAUUAUAUAACACCAUGUGCAUCGUUCAUAUAUCCACAAACAUUACAGACAUACACAAAAGUCAACGAACAGAAGAUCAUCGAUCAUUGUUGCACGGAGUUCAAUACCAUAUGUGGUACUAUCGAUUUGUCCUUAACUUCAAAAUAUACAGACUUUUUACUCCAACUCUCGAAAUGUAAAUUAAAAGAAAUUUACAAGGAUCUUUCCAUAUCGAGAAUGCACUUCCUCUUCAGUCAAACAAACGAAAAACAACGUGUCUGGAACGACGCAUUCUGUUUGUCUGUUGUAUCGUACGCGUGCCCCAUACCCGACGGAAUGUAUUUGGAAUCGUACCAAUUCCCUUUCUUUGUCUUUGAAAAGCUGUUUGAUCACCAAGAAACGUGCAACUUAUUCUUCUUCUUUGAAGAAUCAAUAUUCUUCCAACAGUCACUCUCUUUCGCUGUGAAAAAGGUUUUUAAAAUGCUAUCAUCACAAAACGCAUUCAAUUCACAAGACUUGAAAUUAUCACAGGACUUGUCAUUGAGCGCGUCAAUGGAUAAAACAGAUGGUGUCACCCUUUCUGAUGAUGACAUCAUUUUCAUAAAAAGAGUUGUGUCGAAAAUUUCGGGGAACUCCGAGUUCAGAAUACUUGCCCCAUUUUUGGUUGACAAGAAUGUUCCCGAGGAAGUUCAUAGAAUCUUGUUCUCGGCAAUGGAACAAAACACUGCUCUGAGAGGAUCAGCCAAAAACGCGACACAACCAUUUUACGACUAUCUGACGUUUGUUAACAAAAACGGCUGCGGUCUCAGUUUGAAUACAAUAAAAAUCUACACCUCACUGUGCUCAUUCAUUUAUAAAACUACACAAACGGCACCCGAUGACCACAUUUUCUUAUUUGUUGAUUUCUUCUUGGCUAAUAUGAUGAACUACGAGUUUAUACACAAACUGGGAAAGAGAAAUGACGUCGGGAAAUUUUAUAUGAGGUUUGUUGGUGUUCCUGUUGGGACGAAGAUAUUUGAAAAGACGAUUUCUGCACUUGAGAACAUGGUCAAUCAGUUUGAGGACAUCGGGAAAGUGUCUGAAAGCAAGAAGUACCCUCUUACUAAUACUAAGACUUAUAAUGAUGAAAAGAACUUGGCAGAAGUUAUCACAUUUUACACUUCAUUUGUGGAAUGCCUUCGAAACUCAGACGCAUUCUCUGGUGAUGAGAAGGUGAACGGGCUGUUACUUGACUUGAUUGCGUUAUCGAUAAGGUAUGGAGCAAAGAAUAUCUGGAACGGAAACAAAAACGAGUAUAGGAAUAUCGAGAGGUUCACUGCCGCACAAAUAAAAGCAUUUGUCAACAAGUGUAUCACCAAUUUAGACAUGGUUGCGGUCGAAUGUAAUGCUCAAGACUGUCCCGAAUAUUUGUAUGAUAUUGCCGCAAUCGAUGACAAAUAUAGAAUCAGUUAUAGUUCAUCGGUAUUAUUUUCUGAAACUAAGAACGCUUUAACGGGAAUGCAACACAUCUACGAUGAAUUGAAUAUCAAAGUCUUUGAGGAAAGCGUCGGUGAACAUUCAAUAUUACUCUUUGUGAGAACAUUAAACCACUUUAAAGAUGUUAUAUCGACUUUUGGGAGUCGAUUUGAGCAAGAAGAUGCCGAGAAAAUCAUCAUGAAAAAAGAUUCUUACAAAGUCCCAUUGGAAUAUUUCAGAACGUAUGAAGACAACGAAAUUACAACAAAGAACUUUUUAAAAGCUGAAUUGAAAGUCGCGGGAGACUUUUUUGAAAACAUUUUAAAAAGAAUCAAAAACAAAGAAAAUGUUGAAGACGUCGAGUUUUUCAAAAUGUUCUCGUUACUCAAUAAACUGGAAGGAGUCAAUUCGAAUGAACAAAAUUUAUUUGAGGUGUAUGAAAAAGACAGUUUUGAAGUGAUGAUGAAAUAUAUAUGCCAUCGCUAUUAUACAAUCAUCGAAGAGAGUCCUUUGAUACCAACCGCCUUAAUCAGAUACACUUCAAUGAACAUAUUGGAUAAGAGGUGGAGGAAGUUGUGUUUCUUUGAUUACAUACUCUACACGGUUGGCACUCCAACAACCAUUUGCAAUGAUUUACUGAACACAUUGAUACCAAAUUUGAUGAAGAACGAGUUUGAAAAGGAGAGUUGCAUCAUCUUGUUACUCUUUUUGAAUUGUUCCAACUUCAUAUCUUUUAAAGAGGAAGAAGCACUGAACAAGACUGUGGCGCACUUUGAUGCUUUUUAUGACAAAUUUGUUGAAUGGCUGUGUCAACAAGAAGCCGUUCCAGAGAAUGUAUUAAAGAUUUUUACUAUGUUCAUAGAGAACGUAUUUUUGAACUUAAAAGAGGCGAACUUGACGCAAGAAAGUAAACAAAAACUCUUUGAAAAUAUGUGGAUACGAGUGUUGAGCCCAUUGAACCUCAAAGCAAAACUUCCAAUUGAAUUUAUGGAGAAAUGGAUGAAUGUGUCGUUGUUCAUUGCGUGUGAAACAAAAACACUGACACAUGUCUCGACACUUGAAUUGCCUUAUUUACUCAAUAAAGAUAAGACGGCAAGAAACUACUUUUUGACGAUGAAGAAGUUGAUUGAAGAGUUGAGUGAGAGUGAACGAAAUCGAGUUUUGGUUACCGUCUGUGCAACGAAAGUCAGACUGUACUUAAACGAGAAAUUUGAAGAGAAAGAGGAGUUGAGUGAGACAGGUGUUUGGGAAUAUAAAGAGAGAUUGUGUUUGACAAAGAAUGUGAAUUGGCUUGAUGUGAAGAAGCUAAUGAUUGGCUUUGAAAAGUACCCGAACACAAAUUAUUUUGUGGUCAAGGUGUUGAACAGUCUUGUGACUUCAAAAACAAAAGGUGUACGAGAAAAACUUGUCGAAGCAAAAAGUGAACUCGAGAGAUGUAUUGAUACAAUUGAGUACACCAACGAGAAAAGUCUCGAUGAGGUGAACAUGUUCCUCAAAAUCUUUUAUCAACUUGAGAUGGUAAAAACUGCGCAAUUUACACUAAAGAAGUUCAUUGAGAGUAUUCUAAAAGAAUUGAAAACUGAGCCGAUGCUGUUGUGCGAUGUACUCCAAAUGAAGGAACUCAAGGAGUUCCAUAUCCCAACGAAUGAAUCGACUAAAAGUCUUCCUGUUGUGACACUUCAAAUGAUUGAAUACCUUGCUGACAAAAUACAAACAAUUGAUUCCGUUAUUACAGAAGAGAUGGACAAAGAAAAUUUGAAUAUCCGCCAAGGCCUUUUCGAUGUUUUAUAUUCGGGAUAUUUCGGGUCAUUAAGUGGUGAAGUAAAAGAUAUUGAACUGAUCAAAAAGGUUAUUUCUUUGAGAGAAAACAAGAACACUACCAUCGAUUUUGUUGUGAGAGAGUUUGACGUUCGUGUGUAUACAAACACAUUAGUCCAAGAUUCGGAAGAGCUCCAUACCAAGAUCGAGAAUAUCUUAGUUGAGACGACUAAAAACCGUCGAAUUCUCGAAAGUGUGCAAGUCGAGGCGUUAAGUCCUAAUAUUGGAUUUUACGAAGCAACUCAACCCCGACUCAAUAAAGUGUGGAAGAACGAGACGCGCACUUUGGAUUGCGAAAUUAAAGGUGAAAUUUUCGGUGGUAUUAAUCAAAGGGUGUUCGAUUUGAUUCUACGACAAGGAAGACCAGACGAAGAAGAUAAUGUUACUGGUGGAUUACUCGACCAAGAAGCUAUCGAUGCAAUAGCUCACUUAUUUGACGCGCCAACAGGUGGGAUUUCUGUGGCUCAAAGUGAUACGGAUAAUAUGACAAGACAGCCUGCACCAACACCGAAUCCAAGACGACACCCAAUUGGAGAGGAAAACACUCAAAUUCGGGAAGGGAGAGAAGGAGUCGAAGAUAGAGGUGAACGUACAGUUCAUGGAGAUAACCUUGAAAUGCUGAGAAAUCAACUCCAACAAUUGGUCAUAGAACUGAAUAUUAAUGAUCCACACAUACAUGAGCAAAUUAAUAACGCACAUACUAUCGAGGAUAUUGAAAACAUUCAUUUGUUUGGUGAUGACAAUGAGGGGAUACGCAGGGACUUGGGAAAUUUACCAGAAUUCUUGUUCAACAACGGAGAGGGUGUAUUUGGCGCUCAUGAGAAUCAACAAAAUGAAUUAAACACAAACCACCCCGUUGAAGGAGAUCUACCUCAUUUCCAUGUAAUACCACCACAAAAUAAUGAUGGUAUAUUACCACUUCCUGUUCAACCACAAGAAGAACAACACACUGAACAAGUCGAAGAAACAUCAGCUCUAAAUAAUGAAGCACAACCACCACAACAAAAUCAACAAACAGAGCAAAUACAUGCCGUUGAUGAUGGGACUCUAUUUUUGAACAACAUUCAACUCCAAGACAGUCAACAAAAUGAUAAUGUGGACGAACAAGUAAACACUCAACAACGUGCACAAGAAGAAACACAACAACAACAAAAUGUUGCUCCUCAACAACAAAGCACAACACAACCAACAACACAAUCGGAUAAUACGUCUUUACCUCCAGUCACUUCUCAACAACAGCAACAACCCGUUACACAAACAAUUGACGAAUUAAGAAAUAAUUUACCAACCGAAAUUGAUAGAACCACAUUCAUGGCGUUACCACAAGAUAUACAAAAUGGAAUUCUGGAAGGAUAUAUAGAACAACAUGGAUCAGUUUAUCUACGACAAAAUUCUCAUGAAGAGGAAAGUGAAGACGUCACAGACAACGGUCUUGGUGAUGUCUUAAAUGAAGAGAACUCGCAAUCGGAAACUCCACAAGAAACACAACAAAACGCGCAACCAACACAAUCAACUGAAAAUGUUACACCACAAGCAAAUGCUCCACAACAACCAGAAAACACCGAAAAUGCGCAUGAGAAUAUCGAACUUCCGCCAGACGUCGAUAGAGAAACGUUCUUCGAUCUUCCACAAGAAAUUCGAACGGAGAUUUUGGAGGAAUUUAGACGACAACAAGCACAGCAGCAGCAACAACAAAAUAAUGGAAGUAACACUACCACACAGAACACUCAACAAAACGUCACACAGAAUCAACCAGCCGCACACCCACAGAGACAAGAAAGUACAGUGGACUUCAUCUAUGAUUUGGACCCACUUCUGCGAGAAGAUAUUUUGAGAAAUGCGGACGAUGCGAUGAUGCAGUUGUUACCAGAAGACUUGAGAAAUGAGGCGCGUGACCUUCAACGAGAUGGGACACGAUAUGGUCCAAUCAAUGAUGGAGGAUAUACUCCACACUCUUCAGACGAUGAAGACGAUUUAGAUGAAGAUAAUGGACAUUUCAACGUAUUUCAAGUCGCUCAUGAUGUGGUAGAAGUCCACUCGAAUAUCAACGCACUGCCAGCACUGUGUCAUUUGUUCUUGUCGAGCAACGAUACCAUUGCGAACAUCGCUUUGAAUAAAAUUGUCUUCUUGUUUGAGAAAUUUAACGCGGAGACAUCAGCGGAGUACGUCAAUUAUGUGGUGGUGAUAUUCCAGAAAGUCUUAUUACCGUUGGUUCAACAAGACUCAAUCGAAGAGAGUAAAGUCGAGAAAGUCUUGAAAUUGAUCUUGUUGCUGUUGUACCACAGAAGAGACUUUAAUAUGAGUUCUUUAACUAUGAUGAUGUACGUCCAACCUAUUGUUGGGUACAUCUUUGAGGAGAAGUAUCAUAUGUCACCUUUUAUACUUCAUCUAGUCGGGGCUGCAUUCUGCCAACUCCUUUUGAUAUGUCAAAUUUCGGGGAAGGAAAAGAUCUAUUUGACGCUGGAUAGAAAUGAGUUUGCAAGACUGGUGUGCUCCCUCUCUGAGUCGUAUGGUGUUUUUUCGGACUACUCGAUCAAACAAAGUAUAUCAACACUCUUUGUGAAUGAAGGAACACAAAGUGUGAUUAAAAACAUUUUGAAAGACCAAUUUGAGUAUAUCACAACAAAAGAAAAUUAUGAAGAGAAUGAUCUGAAAGUCAUUUUGUCGUUCUGUCAGUGUGUGAAUGUGUCUUCUGAAAGGAAUGAAAAGACUAUAGCACCACUACUAACCGAUUUUAAAGGAAUAAUGACAGAGAAUGUUAUGAAAGUGUUUGAGACCAUCUUAAAGAACAAAAAGAAUGAGCGUAAAAUCUUGCUUGAGAUCAUAUACAGCUUCUUAAAUUAUAAUGUCAUUGUCGACCCUAGUAUACUCAAAGGGAACAAACAAAUUGAUCAAUUUUUGGAUAAAUACAAAGAACUUGUGGAAAAGAUCAUUCGAAUUGAACCAGAGAAGAUGAAGACGUCGUUUGUGUUACUCUCACGAUAUCCGAAGUUCUUGACAUUUGAAGCCAAAGCAGAAGUGUUCAGAAAGAGAAUGAGAAAGGAACACAAGAAGUAUGCGAGAAGAGGAUUCUAUAUAUCCGUUCACCGGAACAACAUCUUCCAAGACAGUUUCUCUCAGUUGAUGUUUGCGACGAAUGAAGACUUGAAAGGGAAAUUGAAAGUGAAGUUUGUGGGUGAACAGGGGAUCGAUAUGGGAGGACUUCGAAAAGAGUGGCUCCGCGUUAUUGCUGAGUCGAUGUUUAAUCCGGACUAUCUGUUAUUCAGACCGACGGAUGAUGGACAGUUCCAGGCGAAUCCGGCAAGUGAAUUGUAUAGUGAUAUCGAGUUAUACAAAUUCAUUGGGAGAGUAGUUGGGAAGACUGUGUAUGAUGGGGAAUUUCUUGAUGUCAAUUUCACGAAGUCGAUAUACAAACAACUUCUUCAGCAAGAGAUCACGCUCAGUGAUAUGGAAAGUGUCGACCAACAAUAUUAUAAAAACUUGAAAUGGGUUUUGGAGAACAGUGUUGAAGAUUUGGAUAUGAAGUUCUGUUAUGAACAUGAAGAAUUUGGGAGGAAAAUAGUCGACGACCUGAAACCAAAUGGAAGAAACAUUGACGUCACUGAUGAGAACAAACACGAAUACGUCAAACUGUUAGUCGACUACAAGUUGAGUAAGUCGGUCAAAAAACAAAUCGAUUUGUUCAAAGAAGGGUUCUUCAGCGUCAUUCCAUUUGACGCUAUUUCAUACUUCUAUGAUACAGAACUUGAACUGUUGAUAUCUGGGAUGCCUGAGAUAGAUGGGACUGACUUGAAGAAUAACACCCUCUAUAGAGGAUACAGAGAAUCUGAUAAAGUCAUUGAAUGGUUCUGGAAUGUCUUUGGUGAGAUGGAACAAAGACAAAAAGUGCUGUUUGUGCAAUUUGUAACGGGAUCAUCUAAAGUCCCAUUGGGUGGGUUCAAAAAUCUGAGUGGAAAUAGUGGGCCUAUGCCUUUCACUAUCCAAAGAGUCGAUAGACUGGAAGCACUUCCAGUUGCACACACAUGCUUUAAUACACUUGAUCUACCUUGUUACGAAAGUUUCGAGACACUUCGAGAUAAAUUGAUGAUGGCAAUUUCGGAAUGUAAUCAGGGAUUCGGGAUGGCUUAA